AUGGGCAACAGGGGAAAACUCAAUUCAUCUCAGAUGGCGAGACUGCAGCAUCUCAAACGUGUGGCUGAUAGUGUUAACCAUUGUCAAACUUGUGUCCCCCCCGAAUCGGUUGGCUCCAAGACAUGGAAUGGACACGCCGACAUGGUUGAUUCUCUUGAGUUUGCUUUUUCUUUCCUCUUCUGCCAGAAUUCUCGGUUGCAAACGCCAUCAAAUGAAUGCCUUGAGAGUGCUACUUACAUGGAUGAUGUCUACGGCCUCGGGGAUGGCUACAUGGCAGGGGGCGUACCCGUACUCCGUACCGGUAACCGCUGGUACCUCGGCAUCUACCAGCUCCACACAACACCCCCAGGACCCCAGACUUUCACCUUUACUACGUCGACCAGGUCCCUUCGUCGCAAGUCUAGUCCCAUCUUCUAA